UGGGGGGGCACGUACCUCUGUGUGCGCUCGAGCGCUCUUUAUUUCUGAGGCGAUUGUCAGCGUUUGUAUCACAGGUUCAAAUAUGCAGUGAUUAUAUUUCGUUUACUCGACGGUUUGUUUGCUUUAAAGUAUGAAGUCGGUGGAGGACCAAGUUGUGGAAGAUGAGGCAGCGUUUCAUGAUGAUGAGGAAUCUUUUUUCCAAGACAUUGAACUCCUUCAGAAAUAUGGCAUUAACAUGGCAGAUAUCAAAAAGCUGAAGUCAGUGGGAAUUUGUACUGUAAAAGGGAUCCAGAUGACCACACGCCGUUCCCUCUGUAAUGUGAAGGGUCUGUCUGAGGCCAAAGUGGAGAAAAUCAAGGAAGCUGCUGGGAAGUUGCUGAUGAACGGAUUUCAGACAGCUUCAGAAUACAGUAUGAAAAGAAAACAAGUAUUCCACAUCACAACAGGCAGUUUGGAGUUUGAUAAACUUCUUGGAGGGGGAGUAGAGAGUAUGGCGAUCACUGAAGCUUUUGGAGAGUUUAGAACAGGAAAGACUCAACUCUCUCACACGCUGUGUGUUACAGCCCAGUUGCCUGGUGAGAAUGGAUAUACUGGAGGAAAGGUCAUCUUCAUUGAUUCGGAAAAUACUUUUCGCCCAGACAGGCUGAAGGACAUUGCAGACAGGUUCAAUGUGGAUCAUGAUGCAGUCCUUGAUAACGUGCUGUAUGCCCGUGCUUAUACCAUUCUUGCCAUUUUAGGUGAACAUCAGAUGGAGCUGUUAGACUUUGUGGCAGCCAAAUUUCAUGAGGAGGGAGGCAUCUUUAAGCUCUUGAUCAUAGACUCCAUCAUGGCUUUGUUCCGAGUGGACUUCUCAGGUCGAGGUGAGCUUGCAGAGAGACAACAGAAGCUGGCACAGAUGCUUUCCAGGCUGCAAAAGAUUUCAGAAGAGUACAAUGUUGGAGUGUUUGUCACCAAUCAGAUGACAGCAGACCCAGGAGCUGGGAUGACAUUUCAAGCAGAUCCCAAAAAGCCCAUCGGAGGUCACAUACUGGCUCAUGCUUCCACCACACGCAUAAGUCUGAGGAAAGGACGUGGUGAAAUGAGAAUUGCCAAAAUCUUUGACAGCCCUGACAUGCCAGAAAAUGAAGCUACCUUUGCCAUUACUGCUGGUGGAGUAGCAGAUGCAAAAGAGUAAAGGAAGAAUGUCUCAGGUGAAAGAAAAUCGCAUGGUUUGUUAGUGGGAUUCUAUAUGCAUUCAGGUCUAAAUACAACUGUUUGUUUGUUUGUUUGUUUGUUUGUUUAUUUAUUUAUUUAUUUGAUCUCCACCUAUGUGUGUAUGUUUUCCCCAAUAAAGUGUUGCACUUGCUACAAUUUUCUUUGACAAAGAAACAUUCCUGCAUUUUUUUAAAAAAAACCUAAUCUCUAAUGUCUGUCUGCAUUUAUUUCCUGUCUAUAUUCAUUUCACUUUACUAAGAAAAAAAUUUUGUCUGAUGAAAUGAUGCAUUCACUGCAGAGAGUUCUUCGGUUGAAGGUGCUCACACAAAACAGCUGGAAUAUACAAUACACUGUCACUAAACAUACAUUACUUUUAUUGAUAUUUUUUAUUUUUAUAUAUCAAUAAAGCUUUUAAUCUCAUAUAUUA